UAUAAAUACCGCUGUUCUUCCCCAUUUGCAACUCCUCCCCAUCCCUAAUUUCGUCUCUCCGUAUAGGGACAAAAGGCAAAAAAGUUUCACUGAAAUCGGAUCCUUUUCGGGGAUCUUCGGAUUCCGCGUUGGACGCAGAAAUAUCAGAGGAAAUCAGUGUUGUUGUUGCCGUUGUUGUUCAAGUGUGCGACUGGAAAGGAAUUGUCGAUUUUCUGCGUUUUUCUUGGAUCAGGUAUCGACAUUUGGCAGAUUUCAUUUCUUGUCGGAAUUUAGGUAAUAGGAGACUUGUGCCAGAUUACAUUCCUUUUUUGGCUGGCUUUGGAUCCGAAUUUCGAACAUUUGUCGUCUUCCGAUAAGAACAUGAGCUUGUCUGAGCAGCAGAGCAGCAGGCGAGAAAACCAUAAUAAUCACCGACCAAGGAACAACAACCGAAACAACAAUCGUCAACGUCAGUGGGUUCCGAGAGGCUCUGUUUUAGGCGCACCACCAAAUCCAUCUGUUAGCGUCGAAAGUUCGAACCCGACUGGAAACGGAAACGGAAAUGGCGGGGCGUCUGUCACCGAUUUGGUUAGACCAAUUUCUGGGAAUCCAAAUCCGAAUCCGAAUCCAAACAGGCCGCAUUUCGAAUCGGGAGGAAACCGAGGACGUCUGUUUAAUCAACCGAGAGAGAAGGAGAAGGAAAGGGUGAAGGAUAAUCAUGAAAAGAAUACCAAUCUGUUGAAGGCCAAGGACAUGCCGCAGCUCGUGCAAGAAAUUCAAGACAAGCUAUCGAAGGGAUCAAUCGAGUGUAUGAUUUGUUACGAUAUGGUGAAAAGAACUGCGGCGAUUUGGUCGUGCUCCAGCUGCUAUUCGAUUUUUCACCUCAGCUGCAUCAAGAAAUGGGCUAGAGCGCCGAGCUCGAUCGAUCUGAUGGCGGAGAAGAAUCAGGGCGUCAAUUGGCGAUGCCCCGGCUGCCAAUCCGUGCAGCUUAUGACGUCGAAGGAGAUCCGAUACAUUUGCUUUUGCGGGAAGAGACCUGACCCGCCUCCCGAUUUGUAUUUGACUCCGCAUUCUUGCGGCGAGCCGUGCGGGAAGCCGUUGGAACGGGAAAUUCCUGGUAGCGGAAUCGAAAAGGAGGAUAUGUGCCCUCAUGUUUGUGUUUUACAGUGCCAUCCCGGCCCGUGCCCGCCGUGUAAAGCGUUUGCCCCGCCGCGGAAAUGUCCGUGUGGGAAGAAAGUGAUCACCACGCGAUGCUCAGAUCGGAAAUCGGUUCUCACGUGCGGACAGAGGUGCGAUAAGAUUCUCAAUUGCGGGCGGCAUAGUUGCGAGAAGGCCUGCCAUGUAGGACCGUGCGAUCCUUGCCAGGUUGUAGUGAACGCUUCGUGUUUCUGCAAGAAGACGGCCGAAGUUAUUCUUUGCGGCGACAUGGUUGUGAAGGGGGAAGUGACGAUCGAAGACGGCGUGUUCUCUUGCAGUUUACCUUGCGAGAAGAAACUUGACUGCGGUAAUCACGUUUGCCGGGAGAGUUGCCAUCCGGGUCAGUGCGGGGAAUGCGAAUUGCUCCCGAGUAAGAUCGAGACGUGUUGCUGCGGGAAGACGAGAUUGAGCGACGAGAACGAACGGCGACAAACUUGUCUCGACCCGAUCCCGACGUGCUCUCAGAUCUGCGGGAAGAUCCUUCCUUGCCGAUUGCAUAGCUGCCCCAAUGUCUGCCAUUCGGGACCUUGCCCUACGUGUCACAUUCCCGUCACCCAGAAAUGUCGCUGCGGGUCAAGUUCUCGAACCGUCGAGUGCUUCAAAACGACGUCGGAGGACGACAAGUAUGCCUGCGAUAAACCUUGUGGCCGGAAGAAAACCUGCGGGCGGCACCGCUGCAGCGAGCGGUGCUGCCCUCUCUCGAAUCCGAGCAAUCGUCUCCCUGUCGACUGGGAUCCGCAUCAGUGUUCGAUGCCGUGUGAAAAGAAGCUGCGGUGCGGACAGCAUUCGUGCACGUCGCUAUGUCACAGCGGUCAUUGCCCGCCUUGCCUGGAGACCAUUUUUACCGAGCUGUCUUGCUCAUGCGGUAGAACAUCGAUUCCGCCGCCGCAGCCCUGCGGUACACCGCCACCGUCGUGCCAGUACCCUUGCUCGGUUCCGCAGCCUUGCGGACACCCGUCGUCGCACAGCUGCCAUUUCGGGGAUUGCCCGCCGUGCUCGGUUCCCGUCGCGAAGGAGUGCGUGGGCGGGCACGUCGUCAUCCGGAACAUUCCUUGCGGGUCGAAGGAUAUCCGGUGUAACAAGCUUUGCGGGAAGACCCGGCAGUGUGGAUUGCACGCCUGCUCCCGAACGUGCCAUCCGCCGCCGUGCGACUCGAAUUCCUCCGGGUCGUCUUCCGGGUCAAGGUCGCCCUGCUCGCAAACUUGCGGUGCUCCGAGGAGGGAUUGCCGCCAUACUUGUACCGCCCUUUGCCACCCUUCGUCUCCGUGUCCCGACGUCCGAUGCGAGUUUCCGGUAACGAUCACUUGCUCCUGCGGCCGGAUAACGGCGACGGUCCCCUGUGACGCCGGUGGUAGCGGCGGCGGAUAUAACGGUACUGUUUUGGAAGCCUCGGUAGCGCAGAAGCUACCGACGGCGUUACAACCCGUCGACGCAACCGACCAGCGGAUUCCUCUGGGUCAGAGAAAACUCACUUGCGACGACGACUGCGCGAAGGUCGAGCGGAAGAAGGUUCUCGCCGACGCUUUCGGCGUCAAUCCGCCGAACUUAGAAUCGCUUCACUUUGGCGACAACGCUGCAGUGUCGGAAGUGCUUUCGGAUCUUCUCCGGCGAGACGCCAAGUGGGUAUUAUCGGUCGAAGAACGAUGCAAGUAUCUGGUUCUCGGACGGGGGCGAAAGCCGGGACUCAAUGCCCUGAAAGUUCAUGUAUUCUGCCCGAUGCCGAAGGAAAAGAGGGAUGCGGUGAGAUUGAUUGCCGAAAGGUGGAAGCUGACCGUAAACGCCGCCGGAUGGGAGCCAAAGAGGUUCAUCGUCGUGCAUGUUACGAACAAGUCGAAAGCCCCGGCACGGGUCUUGGGGGCCAAAUCAUGCACACCCGGCAACAUGCUGCACCCUCCGCUGUUCGAUCCUCUCGUCGACAUGGACCCGAGGCUCGUCGUGUCCCUAUUCGACUUACCGAGAGAGGCCGAUAUCAGUGCUUUGGUUCUGAGAUUCGGCGGGGAGUGCGAACUCGUCUGGCUCAACGAUAAAAACGCGCUGACCGUUUUCAGCGAUCCGGCCCGAGCCGCGACUGCGAUGCGGAGAUUGGAUCAGGGCUCGGUGUAUCACGGCGCCGUUACGGUUCCUCAAACCGGCGGAGCUUCGGCGGCGGCAGCGACGGCGGCGGGAGCUGUUUCUGGCUCGAACGCGUGGGUUACGUCGCCAAGAGAUGGAGGUUCGGCCGUGGCGGCGUCAUCGAAAGGGAGCAAUAAUCCAUGGAAGAAAGUUGUUAUGCAGGAAUCGGAUUGGAAAGGGAGUUCGUUUUCGUCGUUGUCGUCGUGGGAUGCCGAGGAGUGGUCGAGUAAUCCGUCGGAGGUACUGGGUGCCCGGAAGGAGAAAGAGAGCCACGCUCCGAUUGCGGCGGCUUCGAAUCGAUGGAAUGUUCUGGAAUCGGGAAGCUCUUCGAAGUCGCCGGAUUCUCCGAGAUUGGUGGCGGAGUCGAGUUCGAAGGCGCAACCGGAAUGCGAUGACGUGGUGGACGACUGGGAGAAGGUCUGUGACUGAAGGUACGUAACGUUACAUGCACAUUUUGGGGACUUCGUUUGUUUGUUUGUGUUUCUAUGAUCCAUGAAACUACAUAUAUCAUCAGAUCGAGUUUUAAAAAUGGUAUUUUGAUUUUUGGAUUUGGAUUUGGAUUUGCAGUUAGAUCCUGCAAAAUCAUCAUAUGUCA